AUGAGCCUGCGGUUUUUUAGUCCUGUGGCUGUGCUGCUGUGCGUGCUCCUCGUGACCUGCAGGCUAGGGCGUCUAGCAGGUGCCGAGCUUGAUCCGUAUGAGAUUGAGGUGGGCCAUUCUGAAGGUCGUAUGGAUUUCCUUCAGCUCGAGACCUCGCUUACGCAUGAACUCAAUAACAACACUGCAGGCUUUCCCAGGGCUCUAUAUGGGGAUUCUCCUGAUUCCUUGGAAUCCAAGAUGGCUGGUCUUGGCUUAAAGUUUGGCUGGCUCAGCAAGGUCCUGGUGAUGUUUACGUACAUUGCAUUUGGCGGAAGUUCCUUGUGGCUUUUGUGUUACGGGUUGCCUUCAAAGAGUCCACGGGAUGCGCAGAUGAUGGGUAGCACGAGGCUGUUGGUGUUCUUGGGCACGGUCCAGCUCUUUGCAUAUUUCACCACGGAUCAAUAUGUCCCAAGUUUGCCCCAGAUGGGGCUGGAGCUGCGUGGGACCCAGACACAGAUGAGCGGAUCCAUACAACUGAACUUGUUCGUGAAGGCUUUGGUGGGUAUGAUUGUGGGCCCAAUGUCGGAUCACAUAGGGAGGAAACCGAUCCUAAUCAUGUGCUUGACCCUGCUGAUCUUGGGAUCCUUUGCCUGUGCUCUCGCUCCAGAUGUGAACUGGUUCCUCGCGGCGCGGAUCAUCCAGUCCCUUGGGGAAUCCAUGGAGGGAAUGCGCUUGGCCAUCAUCCGGGACUGUUUCAACGAGAAGGACAGGGUCUUUGCCAUUGGCAUGGUCACCGCACUGAUGAUGAUCGGCCCCAGCGUCGGGCCGCUACUUGGAGGCUUCAUCGCCGCUUGCAGCCACUGGAGGGUUCCGUUCUUUGCACUGGGCUUUCUUUGGUCAAUCUUCACUUUGUAUGCAGGCUUCUUCAUCACGGAAAGCGCCCCAGAAGUGAAAUCAAGGGGCACCUGGCAGACCAUCCAGCACAUAUGUGGUGAUCGUAUGCUUAUGACACUGCUUCUGGCAGAUGUUUGCCUCAUGGGCACAUACCUUUCCUACGAGAGUAACUUUAGUUAUCUUGCAGAAGCCGGGUACGGCAAGAGCACCGCCCAGACAUCCCUGCUGCUGUCGGUUACGCCUAUUGCCGUCACGAUGGGCACGACCCUAUUAGACAUGCUUAACUUUAAGUCUGUUUUACAAACUGUGAAGUUUUCCGUGACCUUCUUUACACUCGCUGUUACGCCCGCCUUUGCAAUUACGGGGCUAUACUUCUCGGAGAGCUUUUGGGCCUACUGGUGCAGCGCUCUGGUGAUGGCAGGAAGCGUUGCGUGCGUGAUUCCCCUUACCGCACUCUACAUGGAGCCAGUGGAGGACAUGGCAGGAACGGCCGGCGCCCUGGAAAUACUCUUCAGCAAUGGGCUGGGAACUGUGUUCUCGACUGCCUCGACAGAAUUCUUCGUGAAGGGCGGCCAGCGUGGGCUGUCAAUAUUUCAUGCUGGAUGCUCUUUGCUGGCAGGAGUCGUUUUCUGGCUGGGUUAUGCAACUUGGCCGCCUUGCAAAGAAGCAGAUGGGGGAGACAAGUUGAGCUAA